AUGUUUUACGCGGCAUGGCGUUCAUCGCCGCCAACUGAUCAGCCGGCCGGCGGAAAGAAUGCGAUCGAGCAAGAUUAUAACCACGACAGUUGGGAUCACGCGCCUGCCCUGGUUUGUUCGACGUUGCGUCUUUCCCCUGGUAUACCGAUACUCAACGCACGUAAUUUGGCCUGCCUGUUGGCUGUUGAUUCUAGCCUCUACGAGUUCGAUGACUCGCGUGUCAGUGUUCCAUAUCGCGGCUGUCGUGGUUGCGGCUACGUCAGCGUUCUCGCCGGCCUCCCCAUCGUUAGACGACGGAGCGAUCAAUCGUUGUUGACCAUGCUUUCGUCCUCGGGGACGCGUCGGCGAGCUAGGGUGCCACGCCGGUCAUGCCACUUCGAAUCGGCUCCUCCUCCGCGGGAGUUGGCUGUCGGCCACACAUGA